GUCAUUCUAUCCCCAAAUCCCGAAGCGGUUCCCUCCUAUUCUAUUCCCCUGCGUCUCUCCUAAUUCUUAAAAAGAGAAAUAGACACAGAAGAUCGUGUUCAUAAGACAAUCUCCACUCCCAAAACCCUAAAUCCAGAACUGCCAACAAUAACCCUAACAACGUAGAUCUUCAUCGUCGUUUUCUUCAUGAAGAUCGCGAUGCAAGACGUGGCGAAAAAGCUGGCGCUGUGGCACACAACGACCUUUCGCCCCAUCAUUACCCACGACGAUCUCGAGCCCAUCAUGGCUUCCGUCGGCUUUGUUUCCCUCUCCAACGAAGACCCCGCGGCCGCGAUGCAGUGGAAGGAGUACUGUUUCGGCCCUCCGCCGCCAACUUCGAUAUCGUCGGCAGCGUUUCCUGGUGAUCUGAAGCCGCGGCCGAGGCUGCCAUUUCCGAGGAUCGAUGGGCUUCACCUCCUCGUGUAUAAGGCUUUCCUAUGCGUUCUUGAGCAAUAUAUCUCGCCUGCUGAAGUUCAUAAUCUCUUUCAUGUCAGGGCCAUGCCUCUCACUCGUCUGCAAGAUCGUGUUUUCGAGAAGGCCUACCGCCCAAUGAAGGGCUGUGACAUUGAUGACGAUGGCAUCUACGUGUUCAGAGAUGGCACCAUCGAUCAGUGCAUGCUUGAACAGAUUACAGCCAUGGAAUGCAGCAUAGAAAGCGAAGAGGAUUUUGACGAUAGUCGAAUCAAGGGCUGCAGAAGUCACACCACCAGCACAAUUUCUCUUGUUCCAUGGGACAGCCUUCUUCCAGAGAGAGAGAUAAGUGGCUCAAGUUGAGACAUAGCAGGGAGACAAGUAGGCAUUCUUUUCUUCUUCUUGUUGUAAUGAAUCAAUUCUUUCCAAUCAUUCAUAAGGGAUACAAGGUGACACCAAUUUUUCAAUGAAGUUUAGUACUAUUAGUGGAUCAGGUUUGAAUAGGCGUGUGAAUAUAACAUUUUUGCGUUGAGUGAAGUUUUUUUUUGUUCUCAGUUAGCAUCAAAUGGUUAUUUAUAUGGACGUGAUUGAGCUUCA